AUGCCUCGGCCGUCAAUAAACCUUGAGCCAUACAGGGAGGAGAUUUCUACCUUGUAUAAAUCAGGCAAGUCUCCUCCCACCAUUGCUAUGAUACUAGGGGAUCGAUAUGGCAUUCAGGUUAGCGAACGAACGAUCAAGACCCACCUUAGUAUAUGGGGGAUUCGGAGGGCAAAUCGUACAGCUUCAAGUGAUAUUGUUCUUCAUGCCCGGAUUACAGUUCUUCUAUUUCAAGUUGGUCUUUCAGAGGACGAGAUUGUUUAUAUUCUUCAGCAAGAAGGCUGGAAUAUUCAGCCUAGAACAUUAAAACACGUCCGGUAUCAACAAGGGCUAUUACGGCGUACGGUAAAUCCAACUGCUGAUCAAGCUGAAGUUGAAAGGGUCCUGAAUCAACUUCGUGCGGACCUUGCUACUGGUCAGAUUGAAGGAAAUGGCGUAGGAAUAGUUUAUCACCAUUCUAAACAAGGGUUUCAAAUUGGCAGAUGGCUAUAUUGUUAUGGGUCCUUUGCCUAUACAAGGACCUUAGACCUUAGUGACUCGGCCAAGGCCUGCGCUGUCCUGAAGGCGGUGAGCCACCUACAAGACUUCCUCACAACAACAAUCCUUCUUUCUCCUUUCUUCUUUAGCGAUUCCUUCUUUAUGAGGAGACCUUUUACUAUGACAAUGGAAGAAGAAAGUGUCACAUUGUUGCUACAGCAGCUCCAGGAGCUCCGUACGGAGAUGCGGACUCAGAAACAACAGCUCCAAGAAGAGAAUAACAGCUUACGGGCGGAACUACAGGCCGUACGGAACUCGCAGCUGAGAAACCAUCCACCAGUUACUACUACAGUUACAUCUGCAACGCCCACCCCCUACGAACGAAGCUAUCCCCGUCCUCGUCACCCGGAUGUCGAACCCUUUACUGGAGAAGACCCUAAGGACUACCCUCCUUUCCAGAUGAACCUUCGUACGAAGUUUGCAAUCGACGCCGCCUGCUACCCUACAGAGGAGGAACAAGUUUACUAUGCCUACAGCCGCCUGAGAGGAAAAGCCAGCCAGCGUGUGCUACCAUGGCUCUUGGCUCGCCAGAAAUCUGAGACUCCUGUGCUAUGGGCAGAAUUCUCCGCGGUACUAGACAAGGCCUUCGGUGACCCUGACCGACAGAGAAAGGCUCUUGUACGAGUGAAUACAAUAAAGCAAGGGAGACGUGACUUUGAAGAGUUCUUGAAUGAAUUUGACGAAGAACUUCUUAAUGCUGGAGGGAUUAAUUGGGAUGAUAACCAGAAGAAGGCCUUGUUGGACACGGCAAUUAAUGUUGAGUUGCUAAAAGCCAUGGUUGGUAUUAGGCAGGAGGAUUCGUACGACAACUACUGCAAUCAACUGCGCGAAAUCAACCACAACCUCCAGAGAGUGGCCAGGCUUACACGAAAAGGAUCUCACGCCGCUGUCCCCAUGCAUGUCGCUCGUACAAGACCAGCAGGAGGCUCUGACCGGACCGGAACCCCUGAUCAAAUGGACUGGGAAGCCACCCAUGCUCAAAUUGCAGCCCUACAAAAGGAAGUUGCGGCCCUCCGUAUGAAAGGGACCAGGACCCCAAGAAAAGCUAGUCAGGCGCCUGCAGAGGAGAAGCAAAAGAGGUUGUCCGAGGGCAAAUGCCUACGCUGCGGCGAUCCUGACCACUUCGUUCAGCUAGACAUCGGGGCGCAUACAGAAAAAGGAGCCUACUUCUAUGUGAUACCCGAUAACCUGGGCUAUGACCUGAUCUUGGGACUCCCCUGGCUGGAGCAACAUGAUGGAAGGUUAGAGGCUAAGAGGGGCAGGCUGUACCUCCGUACUACUGGAGUCCGUCUAUGGAGUACUACAAAGAGGCCCUUACCGAAGCUGGACAUAGCACAGAUAUCAGCUGCAACCAUGGGAGGAUUUAUACAAAGGAAAAGGUGCCAUGGCCAAGAUAUCGAGAUAUUUGCGGUCUCAUUGGCAGAUAUACAGAAGGCACUGGCCCCAAAGAGACAUAUUGACCCCCGUACGAAGCUACCAAGGCAAUACUGGAAAUACCUAAGGCUCUUCGAACAAGACAAAGCUGAAGAACUACCACCGCACCGGGGAGAUGGGAUUGAUCACAAAAUCGAGCUCAAAGGCUUUAUCCGCGUGAGCCAUUCCCCAGCUGCAGCCCCAGUACUCUUUAAGGACCGCUAUCCAUUGCCCCUGAUCCAUGAGACACUGAACCAAAUUGGACAAGCCAGAUGGUUUACUAAGCUGGAUGUGUCUGCUGCCUUCCACAAGAUCCGCAUAGCCAAAGGCCAGGAAUGGAUGACUGCCUUCCGUACGAGAUACGGGCUCUUUGAAUGGCUAGUCACCCCUUUUGGGUUGGCUAACGCACCGAGUACCUUCCAAAAAUACAUCAACUGGACCCUCCGGGAAUAUCUAGAUGAAUUCUGCUCAGCCUAUAUUGACGAUGUGCUUGUCUAUACCAAUGGGGACCUCCGCCAGCACCGGAAGCACGUACGAAUGGUCUUGAAGAAACUGGAAGAAGCAGGCCUAUAUUUGGAUAUUAAGAAGCAGGGAAGGGAAUCAAAAUGGACCCGGAGAAAGGUGAAAGCAAUAAAGGAAUGGGAAACCCCUACUACUAUAAAGGGCGUCCGAGGAUUCCUGGGCUUUGCCAACUUCUACCGAAGGUUCAUCCCUAACUUCUCAGGGAUCGUACGCCCACUAAACAACUUGACAAAGAAAGGAACACCCUUCUUGUGGACUAAGGAGUGCCAGGAUAGCUUUGAUCUGCUUAAGGAAAAGUUCAUUACUGGACCUGUCCUAGCAACCUUCAACCCUUCCUACCCUGAAUGCAACUACGAGAUCUAUGACAAGGAGCUACUUGCAAUUGUACGAUGUCUUGAAGCCUGGGAUGCUGAACUGCGCUCAUGUGGAGAAUUCCAAGUUAUUACCGACCACAAGAACCUGGAGUACUUCUUCUCCCCAAGGAAACUGACAGAGCGGCACGUACGAUGGUCCUUAUUUCUCAGCCGGUUCAACUUCAAGUUAGUAUAUAGGAAAGGGUCAGCCAAUCAGAGAGCUGAUGCACUUUCACGGAGAGACCAAGACAUGCCUGAUGAUAAAGAUGACAGGGUCAAGUCUCGUACGAUGCAACUCUUUAGUAAAAAACACUUGGGAAAAAUGGUAGUUGCCACCCUUCAACCAACCGGAGAGCCACCACGCGAGCCGUGUGAGAAAGGUGACAUGUGGAAAGAGGCACUCAAGCAGGAUAAAGGGUACAAUGAGGCAAUACAGUGCCUGAAGGAUGGAGCAAGGAAAUUUCCCCCACAUCUACAGUUGAAAGUGGGAACCUCGGAAUGCCAAUUAGACGCCCAAGGCUAUAUCCUCUUCCGCGGAAGGAGGUGGGUACCUGGGAGUGAACAGCUCCGUACAAAUAUAAUUCAAGCUGCGCACGACUCUAUGUUGACAGGACAUCCUGGCCGGGAGCAAACAUAUAUGCUGGUUAGCCGGAUUAACCGCCGACUAUCUACAGCCCAUCACCCCCAGACUGAUGGAUCAACAGAGAGGAUGAACAGUACAGUGGAGACCUACCUCCGCAUCUAUACCUGCUAUGACCAGAGGGACUGGAACAGGUUACUCCCACUUGCAGAGCUAGCAAUUAAUGGCCGUACAUCAACAGCAACAGGGGUCAGCCCCUUCUACCUAAGCCAUGGGUAUAACCUCAGCCCAUUUAGCCCUACCGAGGAGGUAGAGCAACUAGCCGAAGAACCAGCCAAGAGUCCUAUCCAGAAAGGGGAAGCUAUUGUACGGAAAGUUAAGGAAGCCCUAGACUGGGCUCAAGCCUCCAUGGCCUAUUCCCAACAGAAUGCAGAGAAUCAGGCUAAUAAACACAGGAGCCCGGCCACAAACUACCAAGUGGGAGAUAAGGUCUGGCUAAGUCUGAAGAACAUCUGUACGGACCGACCCAGCAAGAAACUGGACUGGAAGAACGCCAAGUAUGAGGUUAUAGGCCUGGUGGGCAGCCAUGCUGUACGGCUGAAUACACCCCCAGGGAUCCAUCCAGUCUUCCAUGUGGACCUGCUUCGGCUGGCUUCAUCAGAUCCACUUCCUUCCCAGAAGAAUGAUGAUACCCAGCCCCCUGGCAUCAUUGUGAACGGCGAGAAAGAAUACAUGGUAGAGAAAAUCCUGGACGAACGUCCCAGGAGAUACGGGAGAGGUCACCGGCUGGAAUACCUAGUGAAAUGGUCAGGCUAUGCUCGGCCAACCUGGGAAGCUGCCACAGCUUUGGAGGAAGCACAAGCUCUGGAUGAGUGGCUGGAUCGUACAAAACAGUAUAGACUUCAGGACGGCUCACUAAACAGAGAUGCAUACAUAAAGGCUAAAGCGACAUGACCUACCCCUAUGACCUGUACUUCCUACAUGAAGAAAGGGGGGGGGUACUGUUAUGGGUCCUUUGCCUAUACAAGGACCUUAGACCUUAGUGACUCGGCCAAGGCCUGCGCUGUCCUGAAGGCGGUGAGCCACCUACAAGACUUCCUCACAACAACAAUCCUUCUUUCUCCUUUCUUCUUUAGCGAUUCCUUCUUGUACGUACGGCACGUCUAGAUAGGAAGAUCCAUCUAAAUACGUCCCUUAACAUAUAUCGAGCUGGCUCUGUACGGCAUUGAAG